AUGAUUUUAUCAUUUCUUUACAUUAUUUUUAUCUUUUAUUUACGUUAUAUUUUCCGUCAUCCCAUUCUUCUUCUUCUUCUUCUUCUUCUUCUUCUUCUUCUUCUUCUUCUUCUUCGUCUUUCUUUCUUUCUUUAUUUCUUUCUUUCUUUCUUUUUCUUUCUUUCUUUUCUCAUUCACUCGCCUCCUCUUCCUUCUUCUUAUUUGCUCUUUCUUUCUUUCUUUCUUUCUUUUUCUUUGUUUCUUUUCUCAUUCACUCGCCUCCUCUUCCUUCUUCUUAUUUGCUCUUUCUUUCUUUCUUUUUUCUUUUUUUCUUUCUUUCUUUCUUUCUUAUUAGCUCUUUUGUUUCUUUCUACUCCCCAUUCUUCCCCCGCCUGCUCUUCUUCACUCUUUUCUCUCUUUUUUAAUCCUUCCUCACCCCCUCUUCCUUUCUUUUCUUCGUUGCUCUUUCUUUCUUUCUUUCUUUCUUUCUUUCUUUCUUUCUUUCUUUCUCCUCUUUCAUCUCAUUCUUGUCUCUGUCAUACUUAUUUUCUUUUUUUCUUCUCCUUUCUCCCCAUAUCACAUCCUUUCUCUCGGCCUCCUCCAUUUUUUCCUCUCCUACAGCGUUUCUUUCUUUCGCUUACAUUUUGUAAAGAAUUAUUAUUUUUAUUCACUCCUCUUGGUACCGAUUCCUUUACGGCGUCGGUUGUCUUUUUCUCUCUGUCUCUCUCUCUCUCUAUUUCUGUCUCUCUCUCUCUCUCUCAUAUUUUGUUUUUUUCUCCAUAUUUCUUUGUCUCCCAAGCUUCGUCUUUUUCUCCAGACCCUCUCUCCUCUCUUUGCCAUUAUCUGCCUUCUAAUUUAAGAAAAUAUGAAGUUAAAUGUCAGCCGUUUCCACAUGCUUCACUGCCUUCCCUGUGUCCUGUGCGUGUUGAAAUCUCCAGAUUCUCUUUCUUCUCUUUAUCUUAG